GCUGAACGCCUGAACCCAAUCCUAAGGAGUAGCCAUUUCCCCCACUCUUCCCGCCACCAUGGCCGCCGCCGCUAUCUCUUUGCCCCGCUCUCCCUCUCUCCUUCAACCCACGCGCCGGCGCUCAGCGCCACCAGCCUGCACGCAGUCCGAGCGCGGCGUCUCCUUCGACCCCGGCUCCGCCUUCUACCGCAGCGACAGCGCCGCGGGUCGUGACCUCGCCGUCCUCGCAGCCACUCUCCACCGCCGCCGUGGCCGUCCCGACCCUUCCGCCCCAUUCCUCUGCCUCGAUGCUAUGUGCGGCUGUGGCGUCCGCGCGCUCCGCUACCUCGCGCAGGCCGGCGCCGACUUCGUCUGGGCCAACGACGCCUCCGAGGCGCUUCGCCCCAUCAUCCUUGCCAACCUCUGUCGCUUUGAGCGGGGCUCGCCGGAAGCGGUGGCGGGGUGCAGGAGGUGGGUGGUGUCGCACAACGACGCCACCCGUCUGCUCGCAGAGCGCUACCUCCGGCGCGAGUACUUCGAUGUCAUCGACGUCGACUCGUUCGGCGGCGACGCCGCUUACGUGAGGGCAGCGCUCUUGGCGCUCAAAAUUGGGGGGCUGCUCUACCUGACGUCCACGGAUUGGCGGUCGGCGAGAGGAUAUGGGUCGAGAAGCUCUUUGUCUUCAUAUGGAGCGUAUGUUCGUCCAAUGCCAUAUCCAAAUGAGGUCGGUUUGCGAAUGGUUAUAGGUGGCGCUGCACGGGAAGCAUCUCUUUUGGGAUUUCACAUAACACCCCUAUUCUCGUAUUUUGCGUAUCAUGGUCCUAUUUAUCGAGUAAUGGUACAACUAUGCAACGGAAAAGAUGAUGGCAUCAGUAACUAUGGCUUCAUUUGUCAUUGCAAGAGUUGUGGUCAGUCUCAAACUUUUGGAUUUGAUGAGCUGGGGCAGAUUUCUUGUGGAUGUACAGACACAACAGAUGCCGAUUCAAUCACUGUUGUAGGCCCACUUUGGACAGGUCCUCUCCACGAUGCCUCUUUCCUUACCGAAAUGCUAGGCUUGGCCAACGAAUGGGGAUGGGCAUGCACAAUUGAAAAUGGUGUCUCUUUGGAAAAACUUCUUGGCAUGAUGAUUGAAGAGAGUGACCCGAGGUUGCCUCCUGGAUAUAUAAGACUUGAUGAGAUUUCGAGACGAGCAAAAGUUAACUCUCCCCCACUCGGCACCCUCAUCAAUUCAUUGCGGAAGGAGGGGUUUUCUGCUUGUAGAUCUCAUAUUAGUGCAAAUACAAUCAAGACCAACUGUUCAAUGGCUUCUUGCAUCGAUGUUGCCCGGGGCAUCCGAAACUCAAGAUGAAUAUCAAUUACCAACUAUAUAUGGUAUGGCUGCGUGUGCCCAGCGAGGCUCACGCGAGCUUGGUGCAUAAGGGGCUGAUUGGUUGGAUGCACAGCCAGCUAUCCAGGCUAGUUAAGUAUAUGCAAAUCUAGGUGUUUGGUUUCCUGUAUUGCUUCAGUAGCCUGACUAAACUGUGCAAAAGUGGCAUCCAAACUUGGCUCUAGGCUUGUUCGUUUUGCUCUUAAUCCAUGUGGAUUUGGUAGGAUUAAGUGGGUUUUAAUUUCAAACAAGAUAAAAUCUUUUAUAAUUUUUUUCCAAUCUCAUCCAAUACAUAUAAGAUGGGAAUAACCGGAC